CCGAACGAUAUUGCAGGAGGAAAACAUGCGGGCGUCGCGAGCGAACAUGUGCGAGGCGACGCAACGCGAGCAAGAUGAUGCGGGAAGACUCGGAUUCGGAGGUCCUUUUCCAAAAGUACACGCUGUCGGAAGAAACCGCGGCGAGGCUCGAAUCUAUCAGGGAGGCGAUGAAGGAUAACAUCGCCCAGGCUAAUCCGAUGUGGAAAAUUAUAGCGGGACAGAAUGAAGAAGAAAAGUGUUCCGAAAGUGAAGAUGAAGAUGAAGAUAGCGACGGUACCGAUGAGCCGAUAAACAACAGCGAGCCUCAAGUGACGUGUGACGAAUCGGUGCCACUGCAGUCCACUCAAUUUUACUUCACACAAUCCGAGAGAAUGAUAGAACCGAGCAGACCCGCUGCCGCAUUACCGCAGAGGUGUGAUAUCUUGGAGUGCGCCUGCGAGAGCUUGGAACGAAAUAACGGCAGGCUGGACUUUGCCCAGUUGGAAGGCCUGGCCGACGAAGAUCUUGUCCCGCUGGUGAACGAGAUGCGACGGAAAUUGAGUCCCAAGGGCACCUACAAUCUGUGUCAGUCGAUGAGCGAUGCGACUGUCGAGCAGAAAAUGAAGUAUCUCAGUACACUUUGCACGCACCUGUUGCUGCCGAAGAUAGUCGAACUCGAGGAGCCGUCUCGUUUAUUGUCAUCCGCUAUUGUCGAGUGCAUAAAAAUAUUUCCUGACGAGGUUCAACAAUUCCUAUUUGUUCCUCUUCUCAAUACCGAGCUGAAAGACGUAACGUUGGUCACCACCAUUGUGAACACGUUUGACCAGCAGAGGAAAGCAAUUCUCGUACAGGAGUUUCUCGCACAUGUUCAGGAAUUGAAAUUGUGGCAUAUAUCUAUAUUGCAAAAUUUUUUAUCCGUAAGGCUGGACCACAACACGACCGAUAAAGUUGUCAAGUUGUUCUUGGGGAAGGCACUUUGUUAUUCCAAAGAUAAGAACUUUGGCAAGCUCGUGCUGUCGUUCUUAAAAACCAAUACAACGCUAUCUGAAGAGCAGAAAAGUAUAAUGACCGAAGUCGCCGCCGUGAAUGAAACGUUAUUCAAGAAACCCAUGGAAAAUAUUUUAAGAAGGACGUAAUCGCUAAAUCACAUGUAUAACGACGCAAACAAUCGUCUAGUUUCCUCCGCGAUUAGCAAACUUGUAUAUAUAUUUGAGAAUUAAAGUCUUGUAAAAUUAGGACUUGAUCCUUGUAAUAAUUUUCAAGUG